GGGCUUCAGGGUGAAGGGGUGGGCCCUGACUGACAGACAUGCCAGCUUGUUGUGCACUUCCUAGAGGGCGGAGCAACAAGUUGCACUCGGUUGGGCGUGUGUGUAGUGUGUGUGUGUCUGUGCGUGUGAGUCUGCAUGGGCAUGAAUGUGGAUUAAAAUUGUUUACUCCAGAGAGAGGAUCUAAGGUGAUUCAGCCUGAAGAUAACAACUUGGACGCGAAUACAAGUUAAAUUCAGGAUAUUAUUCCAAAAGAAAAUUAUGUCGCAGCACAGACAGGACACGCCCAAACCAGCAGCUCAGGUCUCCACUACGACGCCAUCUCAACUUGAGAAGGCAUCAUCAGGAUCCGCCAUGAGUUCAAAGUCUGGCGGCAUUACCACAGCCAAAGGUGGUAGCAGCUCAGCAAGUACUUCCAUCAGGACAGCGGGGCAGGGGCUUCCUACAGCUAAAGCCCAGACUAACACCAAGCCCACUGUUAUUGACAUGUCGUCUGCCGGCUCAACUGUUGUCAACGUGACAUUGUCUGGGACGAGGGGCAGUCCCAAUAUGAUGUCCAAGACAUCACCUGUCUCCACUAUAAAGUCUUCCACUGUUGCCACCGGAACAGCGGCGACUACAGCAGCAGCUAACGCUGCCUUGUCGACAUCUAAAGGCUCGCCGAAAGACAGGGCCAAGGUGCAAGUGGAAGUACGUCCCAAAACAGAAACAAUCGGCGCCAAAGAGACACCCGCCGUAGAUCCGUUUGACGCCUUGGCUAGUAUACUCCCACCUGUCGAUCCGGUCACUCCUAAGCAACCCAUAUUCACCGGCCCCGAGGUCAAAGAGCCUGAUGCCACAUCCAAGAAGGCUGCCAAAUGUGGAGAAAGAGACGACACGCUGCCCCCGGGUUACAGAUUUGAAAAUAUGGCUCCACUUCCUGCAGACACCAGACCUAAAGAUGUCCCCAAACCACUCAGCACAGACGAGGCCCUGGAGUCCCUCUCGUCGGGUUUCAUGACAUCAACUGUUCCAACUGCACCCAAAAUGCAGGAGAAAAAAGAUAAAGCCGCUGCCUCAUCUGCUGCCGCGUGUUAUGCUGCGCCAUCGCUCGCGAAGAAAGUCGACGUCCCUGCGCCUAAAGUAGCAACUCAACCUCCAGCUGAUAAAAAAGCCAAGAUGGAAGUUGAUAACUUCUCGUUGGAAUCUUUGAUUCCCCAAGACCAAUUCGAGAAAACUGAGUGUAUGGGUCCUACAAAACUAAUGCAGGCGGAAAAAGCCUCUUCAGACUUUUCGCUGAAGGCUGGACUGGACACAAAGCCCAAUGAGGGUGGCUCCAUGUCUCAGUCUGCUCUCGGGGCUCUUAGUGACAUGUUGCCAACAUCGGAACGCAAACCGGAGCCUAAACUUCGACCUGAGGACAUUGUCUCGGAGAAAAAACACAAAGAGGAAGACGCUGUUCGUGUCGGAGAGAGGGAUGAUUCCAUUGCACCAGAGUACAGGUUCAAUGAGGAAGAACGUAGAAAAUUACCUGCUCCAAAACCUAAGCCCACCUUGAACACUAAUGAGGCCCUGGACCUCCUGUCUGGAGACCUUAUGACCUCCUCCACAGUUCCUACACAGAAAGCUGAAGUCCCUACAUUUGCUCCAACCAUCUGUGUGUGUCCUGGUGCACCCGAGCCUCCUAGGGGCAGUCCCUUGCCGCUAGAUGCACUCAGCGCUCUUAGUGACACUCUACCAACAGAUGCACCAAGACCUGAACCCCCCAAGCUCAGACCUGAAGAUAUUGUCUCUGAGAAAAAACACAAGGAGGAAGACGCCGUUCUCGUAGGAGAGAGAGAAGACUCGAUUGCACCAGAGUACAGGUUCAACGAAGAGGAACUUAAAAAACGUCCCGCUCCGAAACCUGAGCCUUCUUUGAAUACCAAUGAGGCGUUAAGCUUUUUGUCUGGAGACUUCACAAGCUCCUCAGCUGCCCCAGCACAGACCAAAAAAACGUUAACCGCUCAAGAUGUUUUGACUUCAACUAAAUCGUCUGGUGUCCACGCACCGCUUCCUCCUACGAGCAGAAAGGCACCCCAGCUGUCAAACUGUCCUCCAAUGUUACCACCGCAAGGAAAGCCCAAAACUGAUGAGGGUGACUACAUGCCUCUGGAUGCUCUCGGUGCUCUUAGUGACACAUUGCCAGCAUCAGAACCAAGACCGGAACCCCCCAAACUUAGACCCGAGGACAUUGUUUCCGAGGCUAAGCACAAAGAGGAAGAGGCCGUGCGUGUAGGAGAAAGGGAAGACUCCAUUGCACCAAAAUACAGGUUCAAUGAGAAGGAACUCAAAAAUAGGCCUGCCCCCAAGCCUCAGCCCAAGAUGAAUACCAGCGAGGCUCUUGACCUUCUAUCUGGCGACUUGACCGCCUCUUCUGCUCCUGCUGUCCAGGCUCCUGUGCUUGCCUCAUCUGCUGCUCCUGUGCAUUCCUCUGCAGACUUUGCUCUGAAUGCCUUAGCCGAAGACUUUGUUCCAUCCUCUGCUGCCCCCAAAGUGAAAUCUGCUGCUUUUGCCCCCACAAAAACUGCCUCACAGUUUUCCGCAGGAGACGACGGCGCCCUGGAUGCUCUAUCCAAAACUCUGAUCACGGAAAUCACUCCUGCCCCUCAGCCAGCCCCCGUUCCUGCCAAAGACCUUGUCAAGGAGAAGAAGGCUGUUGAAGAGAGGCUCAUUAAAAUGGGAGAGAGAGACGACACUCUUCCACCAGAGUACAGACCCACCGAGGAGGAUCUUAAGAAAAUGGCCGAAGCUAAGGCCAACGCGGACGCUAAACCAAAGAUGUCUAUGGACGAUAAGACGGCCUUGGACCUGCUGUCCGGCGAUUUCAACACGUCGGCCUCAUCGUCUGUUGCCGCCACCACAGAGCUGACACCUCCUGUCCUUGAGUCGAAGCCUCUGAGGAGCAAGAACAAGUCAAAGUCAAAGUUUAAAAAACAACAUGGAUCAGAGCCUCCUGCGGACAACCAGCUCUCUGGUCAACUAAGCUCUGAUGUCGUAAAGACAUCUACAAAGCAAGGAAGGAAGAGCUAGACAACUCGCUGUCAGGUUGCUGGUGCACUUUGCCCUCCAGAGGCCUUUAAGGACGCACCAGUGGGGACCCUACUCUCUGCAUUGAGAUUGUAUUUUUAAUAAAUAAUCAAGGAUCUACACGAGUUGAAUGACAACACACACAUGCACACACUUACAUAAAACCAUGCCUGGUUUCACUUGUAGUCAAGGAUGAGGAGCUUUCGGUUUCUGUCUGUGCAGCGAGACAUGCUGGAGAAUAAAAAAAUCUGAUGAGUUUGCUGGUCAAUGUGGAUAAAAAAGGUGAUGCUCAUACCUUGUUUUUGCUCUCCUACGUCACACAACGGGCGCAUGAGCUCGGUGACUAUCAUCUUUCACAAGCAGCGAGGAAUGAGUGUAUAGUAUUAAGAUGUUGUGCAAUGCUUUAGAUGUGCUCAAGUGCCAUUAAGAUGCUUUGUUCGCUUUUAUUUUGGAUAAUACAUACAAAUAUGCAAAGCUCAACCUGGAGGCUUCUUCCUUGCAAAUAACUGUUUUUUAAAAGAAAUAGCUGUAGGGUCUAUGGUAUAUAUUUUGUAAAAAGUACUGGUGUCCACAAUUGCACUUUGUAAACAAAGGUGGUGUUUACAACAAACUGUAAAAAAAAACCUUACAAAAAAAUAUU